AUCCUUGUGAGGCAACGCUGCACAGACCCACUCAGUCGUUUCAUCAAGCUGCUCUGAGACAGUGUUCCUCGUUUACUGGGAUUAUAAUUUAUGCCGGAGGCAAAGGUUUUCUGGGAUUUUUUUUUUCUUUUUAAAAGGACACUUUCACUUGGGAAUGGAAAGAGGAACUGGGAAUUUUGACUGUUAGUCUUCUUUGGAAAAUACAUUUAAAGUCAGUAGAGCUGGAUUUACUUAAAUAAUUUUUAACCUACGUUGACUGGGAUAUUUAAAAGCUGCUUAUUUAGAGAGGGGUCUGUUUUUUACUUUACUAAUCAUGGCCUCCCAGAAAGUAUGGCUGCUGGGGCUGUUACUGACCCUGCUUUGCUCGUUCCAAACACCUUUGUUACCUGGAGCCCAAGCUCUCUUUGAUGACUUUGAAGAUGAUGAUGAUGAUGACAUUUUUGAUCAUGAUGAUGACGAUGCAGAUGAAGAGGACGAUAAAGAUGAUGAUGACGACAACGACGAUGAUGGCCAAAAACACAUAAAGCAUCAUGGGCACAAUGAUAACAAUGAUCAUGGGCACAAAUACAAUAAACAUCAUGGGCACAAUGAUAAUAAUGAUCAUGGACAUAAUGAUAACAACGAUCAUGGCCACAAACACAAAGCUCAUGGACACAAUAACAACGAUCAUGGACAUAAUGAUAACAACGAUCAUGGCCACAAUGAUAAUAAUGAUCAUGGACAUAACAAUAAUGAUCAUGGGCAUAAUGAUAACAACGAUCAUGGGCACAAUGAUAAUAAUGAUCAUGGCCACAAACACAAAGCUCAUGGACACAAUAACAACGAUCAUGGACAUAAUGAUAACAACGAUCACGGCCACAAUAAUAAUGAUCAUGGACAUAACAACAAUGAUCAUGGGCAUAAUGAUAACAACGAUCAUGGGCACAAUGAUAAUAAUGAUCAUGGCCACAAACACAAAGCUCAUGGACACAAUAACAACGAUCAUGGACAUAAUGAUAACAACGAUCAUGGCCACAAUAAUAAUGAUCAUGGACAUAACAACAACGAUCAUAGGCAUAAUGAUAACAACGAUCAUGGGCACAAUGAUAAUAAUGAUCAUGGCCACAAACACAAAGCUCAUGGACACAAUAACAACGAUCAUGGACAUAAUGAUAACAACGAUCACGGCCACAAUAAUAAUGAUCAUGGACAUAACAACAAUGAUCAUGGGCAUAAUGAUAACAACGAUCAUGGGCACAAUGAUAAUAAUGAUCAUGGCCACAAACACAAAGCUCAUGGACACAAUAACAACGAUCAUGGACAUAAUGAUAACAACGAUCAUGGCCACAAUAAUAAUGAUCAUGGACAUAACAACAAUGAUCAUGGGCAUAAUGAUAACAACGAUCAUGGGCACAAUGAUAAUAAUGAUCAUGGCCACAAACACAAAGCUCAUGGACACAAUAACAACGAUCAUGGACAUAAUGAUAACAAUGAUCAUGGCCACAAUAAUAAUGAUCAUGGACAUAACAACAAUGAUCAUGGGCAUAAUGAUAACAACGAUCAUGGGCACAAUGAUAAUAAUGAUCAUAGCCACAAACACAAAGCUCAUGGACACAAUAACAACGAUCAUGGACAUAAUGAUAACAACGAUCACGGCCACAAUAAUAAUGAUCAUGGACAUAACAACAAUGAUCAUGGGCAUAAUGAUAACAACGAUCAUGGGCACAAUGAUAAUAAUGAUCAUGGCCACAAACACAAAGCUCAUGGACACAAUAACAAUGAUCAUGGACAUAAUGAUAACAAUGAUCAUGGCCACAAUAAUAAUGAUCAUGGACAUAACAACAACGAUCAUGGGCAUAAUGAUAACAACGAUCAUGGGCACAAUGAUAAUAAUGAUCAUGGCCACAAACACAAAGCUCAUGGACACAAUAACAACGAUCAUGGACAUAAUGAUAACAACGAUCAUGGCCACAAUGAUAAUAAUGAUCAUGGACAUAACAACAACGAUCAUGGGCAUAAUGAUAACAACGAUCAUGGCCACAAUAAUAAUGAUCAUGGACAUAACAACAAUGAUCAUGGGCAUAAUGAUAACAACGAUCACGGACAUAAUGAUAACAAUGAUCAUGACCACAAUGAUAAUAAUGAUCAUGGACAUAAUGAUAACAACGAUCAUGGAGACAAUGACAACAAUGACCACGAUCACAAUGAUAACAAUGACCAUGAUGACAAUGAUAACAAUGACCAUGAUGACAAUGAUAAUAACAAUCAUGGCCAUAAUAAUAAUGAUGACAACAAUGAUGAUGAUGAUGAUAAUGAUGACGAUGAUGACAACGACAAUGAUGAUGAUGAUGAUGAUGACAAUGAUGACGAUGAUGAUGACGAUGAUGAUGAUGAUGACGACGAUGACGACGACGAUGACAAUGAUGACGAUGAUGAUGACGAUGAUGAGGAUGAAGAUGAUGACGAUGAUGAUGAUGACCAUGACGACGAUGAUGAUGACGACGAUGAUGAACAUGAUGAUGACGACGAUGAUGAUGACAACGAUGACGAUGAUGACGACGACGAUGACGACGACGAUGAUGACGACGACGAUGAUGACGAUGACGACGACGACGAUGACGAUGACGACGACGACGAGGAUGAAUAUCACGAUGGUUCACUUUGCCAUUACUGUGCUUUCUGUGAACACUGCGACAAAUGUGACAAGUGCCCAUGUGCUAAAGGAGACAAGAGUGAGCACUGCGAAGCCUGUGACAUGUGCAGUUUCUGUUAUGUGUGCCCUGUAAUAUGUGAGACUGUCUGCAAACCAGGGAGCUAUGUUGAUGAGCUGACGGGGACGCUGUACCAGUCAGUGGCUAACAUUUUUGAGUAAUCCCAGAAGUAAGAUCACCACCAUGUGGGCAGAAGUGAAACGGCCAUUUCCAUCACAGCAGAUUACUGUUUAUUUAUAUAAGUUGCAAAAUACAAUGAAACUACUGAAUUACACAGAAUGCCAAGUUUUCAUAA